UGUAUGUGAGUGUGAUGAAAGUAUUUGCGCUAAAACGCAGUUCUCCAGCAGCGCUCCUAGAGGGCGCACUCUGACCUCACUUUCUCUCAGACAGUGCUUCAGCUUUACUCGGUGUGUAAAAUCAGCCGGAGACACGCCAGCGGCCUCGUAGAGAAGAGGAAGAGAGGAGGAGAGAAGGAGGAGGAGGAGGAGAGAAGUCCGCUCCGGCGUUUCUGCAGCAUUUGUUUAGUAAACGGGAGGAGGCGCACGGAACAGCGCAUUGGACGCAUUAGGAAAGAGAAUGACGGGACAGCACUGAGAUAUCUCCUUCACUCCGGAAGUUUCUGGCUUUGUGGAUUAUAAUAGGCUCUAAUUACAAUUAUUAGUUCGCGGUAGGCGGAAGACCGGACACACGGAUACGUCUGUGGGCUGUGCUCGGGGUUUAUGGACUUGAACACACUGCGAAACGGAACUGAUUUAGCCUGUUAGGAGUUACACCUUGCGUUAGAUUUGCAACUGUCGCAAAUAGCGUGGUGGAAACUUUGAAACCCACAUACUGACAGAAGACUUAUUGCGCAUGGAUUGUGAUUUAAUAAAAGUGUCGUGAUUAAGAAAACCUCACGGUUGGCAAUGAAGAUCUUUCCCUGUGAGUAAUUUUACUCUAAGAUGCUCUGCGUUCUGCGCAAAAGGAGGCUCAAACUUCUGCGGUAAACGAGCACGGAACGGUGUGACUGUGUGGAAUGGGAGAAGCGGCUCCGGCGCAGGCCACGGCUCCGGGGUUCCCCCCUGUCUUGGGCUCGGUGGGAUCGGGAUCCAUGGCCUCGGUGAGUCCGGUGUCUGUCCACAGCGCUAUAGUGGAGCGGCUGCGCGCGCGGAUCGAGCUGUGCCGCCGCCAUCACUCGGCGUGUGAGAGCCGCUAUGCGCGCGGUCAGGCUGAGAUCUCGGACCGGGAGCGCGAGGCAACGUUGCAGCUGCUCAGUAUUGUACAGCAGGGCGCCGGGAACCGGAGAGGCAAGGAGAGGAGCGCGAGAGGAGGCGCGGCGCACGGGCCGGACGGAGCCAGAGCUAAUGGAGAGCAGAAAAACCGAGAGACCGGGGACGGAGAACCGAGACUGGCAACACGCAUAGCGCUCCAGGGAUCUCUUAGAAGAAAGAUUGAGGGGCAGCCUUCGGGGUACACUGCUAAGCAGAAUGGACACUUCUGUGUGGGCCCAGUGCCAGACUUCAAGCGUCUUCGUAUGGAGACAGGCUCUCUUCAUGCUGGUGCUUGCUCUGUGGAUGCAGGGCAGCCUCAAGGUUUAGCUGGGUCUAUAGGUCUGGGCCAUGUUCCCCGGCGGAAAGACCCCUUCAUGAUGGGUCAAGGUGUAGGCAACGAUAUUUUCAACAUGACUCUCAGAGAUAUGAAGAAAGAACCGAUUGAUGUUCAGACCUGCAGCCAGUCAUCAGCAGAUCCUGCGAUGAUGGUGUUUGACUUUAAAGAUAAGGAUGGAGGACAGAUUGACCCUGAUCUCCAGGAUCUGUUUGAUGAGCUCACCAAGUCAGUACCACCUCUCAAUGAUCUGGAGCUGGAGAAAAUGUUGAAACAAGAUGAUGACUUUGGUUUGGAUCUCGGCCGACCCAGCUCGGCUGGUGCUACCAAUCCCUGCCCUCAUUUAGAUAAACCAAUCAAGACAGAGUACUCAUCUGAUUUUGGCCAAGCACCAGGAAGCUCUCCGCAGCUCAGGCCAGCAUCUGCUGGACCUUCCUUCUCAAUGGCCAACACAACUUUGUCAACUUCUCCCAUUGGGCCUGGGCAAAUGACCCAUAAUCAUGUACCACAGACCACCGGAACAUCGUCAAGGGGACUACCUGCCUGGCAUGAGAUGUCACAUGCUGAGCAGCUAAAGCAAAUGGCGGCAAACCAGCAGCCCAAACAGCAGCCCAACUCUCUCAUCCACCACCAACAACAAAGCCACACUGGAGGAGUGAGGAACUGGUCCUCCACCAUGAGUGGCCACCCCAGUUCCUUUUGUCAGGAAACAAUGUCCAGCACUGGUUUGCUAAGCCAACCAAGAAUUAACUCUCAGGGCACUGGUCAGGGCAAAGGCAUGCCUAACUGUCUCUUUAAGCCCAGUGGUUACAACCCAUCAAAUCCCACCGACAUGAAACCGCUCAACAAUAAACCAAUGCUACAUUUCACCCCUAAAGCAUCAACUUCAACCACAGGCCAACAAAUCCCCCGCAUGGUUGGGUCACAGAGCAAACAGACUACACAGCAGCAGUCUCCAGGAGGUCAAAACACGCAAUUCCAGUUGUCUAUACAAUCAUCCUGUGUACAACCGAAGCCCCUGAGGCCUCCUCUCAGCCAGCAUGGUCCUGGAAUCAGUUAUAAAAUGAACCAACAAAGACAGGGAUUGGCACCAGGGCCACGUUUCUCAGCAAACGGUUGUCUGGUGACCCAGCAGCAGCGUCCGUCUGCACCUAGCACUCAGCAGAUAAACAACGGCAAAGCACAGAGACAGCUAAGCCAACCUCAGCAGCACACCAGUGACACAGAUCAGUUUAACAGGCAUCUAACAAGACCUCCACCUGACUACAAACAACCACAGCAUCCAAACCUUUACCCAGGUCUGACAUCAUCCUCAAUAACCAGUAAUAGCUCAGACCAGAGGGAGAACCAGUCCAUCUCAUGCCAUAUUUCCAAUGGCCAAGGAGUCAAAAUGACGCCCAACUCUGGAGACAGAAUGUUUCCCAGCAGAUCUGAUCAUUCAGAAGUCCAAAACUGUGCAGGCCAACUGCACCAACAGCCUAACAGCCAGAUGCAAAUUGGGAUGCAUCAAAACAAGCCACAGUUCCAGGGAAUUGCCCCUACCACACAGCAUGUAAGAACCGGCGCAAGCCAAGAUCCAAUCCUUGGCCAAGGACUGGGAUGCAUGACCACCACUGGAAGCAGGGAGACAGGCAUGAGCUGGGAAAAUGUUACAAAGCAACUAGAUGUAAAGAGACUUCCAGUCACAGUACCACCCCAGGGUGCACAAACUGAAGCUCACUUCCCACCAAGGCAUAUCGGUCCACCAAAUCAGGCAGUGCCCCAUUCUGGACUGAUCCCUUUAAACCCUGUCAUUAGAGGAUCAGCUCCUAGACCCAGCCAGCCACACAUACCUCCACUUCCUGGGAUCAGCAGACUAAAUCAGUCCUCUCCCACACAGCAGGGGUGCAUGAGCACAUACGGAGGCACAGCACAAAGCCCUGGUGCCUAUCAGAACAACCGUGCAGGCCGCCUCACAUUUGAUUUUCUGCAGGAUGGGGAUAAUACAGUACCAGGGAUCAAUACCGACUCGGACUUCAUCGAUUCUCUGCUUAAGUCAGGUUCAGGCAAUGAUGACUGGAUGAAAGACAUAAACCUAGAAGAGAUUCUGGGUGGUCACUCAUGAACGAGAGACUCAGGAACACAAAUAAGAAUGAUGACUUUACUAUUUUGGUAUUUUACUAAGUGGUGAUUGAAGCUUUUAAAGAGCUUCAGGUUGUAUUUUAAAGCACCUAACAUAUAAGGGAUUGGCUUGAUGUCUUAAACUUAAGAUUCUGAAGAGAUAUCCAAUUAUCAUGACUUUUUUUUUCAUGUGGACAAAUGAUGUAUUGCAGGUGUCAUUAUACUAGAUUUAGCUUUUAAUCAUAUUAUCUAAUCUGUUAUAAAGAUCCAUGUUCACAGUAUUUAUGGUCUUCACAACAUGUUAUAUAACUAUACGCGUCCCUGUAAAAAUCAGCUGUAGUAAGCAUUGACAUAUUGCGAUACAAUGCAGCAAGCUGGUGCACUUGUGACUGUCACAUCCUGAAGAUUAGUUGUGAAUGGGGUAUUCAUUUUAUAUAGUUUGUUAUGCAACAUUAAUAAGACAAACAACUUUGUCAUUGAUGAUUUAUGGAACCUGUGUUGGCAAUCAAAGGAUAUAAUGGCGAAGAUGCUAUUUAUGAGCGUACACCCUGUUGUAAGAUCUUUGUGUGAGUCUAAAACAGUACGUCUUAGAAGCCCAUCUCUAAAACUGAAACCCAGGUACUUGCUCUGGGAAGAAAUCGAAAAUGCAUUCAACUCUAAUAUACAGUAUGUUUGUUUACUUGUUCAGGUAAACAAGAAAGACUUGGCACCAAAAUGUAGACUGAUCAUACAACUUUCACACUUGCUCUGCAGAGUUAAGUGGAUUCCCUUAUAUUCGGUUACAGAAAUAUUCCAAGCAGACAUUAAGUAUUAAAAAUGUCUCAAUAAGUCAUAUUGCUAAUAUUGUAUUUAUAAAUAUGUUUACUAUAUCUUGUGGGUUUUUUUGUAACACUAGUCUUUUCUAUAAUGAUCUAUAAGGCUGUAAUAAAUGUGCAUAUCCUG